AUGUAUCUUCGUUUCUCGUUUCGAAAGGUGGUUUUGCCGUAUAUUGCCAUAUAUUCCCGUCUGAUAAAUUUAAUGGAAUUCCUUGAUCGGAAAGAGCUGUCUCAAUUUGUUUGCCUUUCUGACGAUGUUGACUCCAGUGAAUUUGGUCCGACCACGGAUGCGGAUAGCAGUACAUCAGAAUUGGCCGGCUACGAGCUCAGUGAUCAAUUGCUGCUUCCCGUAUUUUUCCUCAGCGAGGCCGGACAGAAACGGCUGCGUGACAUUCUGCACCAAGUCGCACGUGGUCAUCCUGAACUUGUCUACGUGCCUCAACUGUGGCCUCUGCUAGCUUUAUUCCUACACUAUCAUUCCGCCCCGAUUGCACGAGCCUGCUUGCUUGGCCUGUUACGUCAGUCGGACCUGAUCACACAGACAAAGGCUGCAUGGAUUGUUCAUUCACUGGCCCUGGAACGUCUCGGACUGCAAGGUUUUGCCUCCAAAGAGGCGAAACAAAUGACUAAACACAAAAUGGAACUAAAUCCGAACGAAGUGCGAAUAAGCUUGGGUCGUUGGCCAGUUGCUCUAUGGCAUCUGCCACUUGGCUAUUUAGUUCGCCUGGUCGAUUGCUUCCUGCUCGAGGGUCCAAAAGUGUUUUUCCGUGCCGGGUUGUUGGUGAGUGUUUUCAACUUCAAUGGUGCCAAAACUAAAUCGUGGAAGUUACCGUGA